CGGACUUGGAACGACAUUAAGGACUAUAAUAAGUCACUUGUUAGACUUAGUCAAAAUCAAUCUAUCUACAACUAUGAAAUAUGAACUGAGAUGAGGAUCAAAUUCAAAAUUACCUCCACUGUAAGGAUCAAUAAAUAGAAGUGGAGCAUUUUUUUCCCUCUAAGCUUCACUUGGGAAAGCGGCACACAAGACUACGAGGCUUUCCGACAAAAUUAGGGCACUCCCAACUGUCAGGAACGAUCUCGAGACUGUCUGGAAUGCUUUCUGUCAAGCAACGGGUGUACUUGAGGCCUACAGGCAGCAGGAAUGGAACGAAAUCUCGG